GAUGAGAGGAGAAAUUAUGAGUGAGGUAAGAAUAAAAAUAGUGUCUAUAGGUAUUACCUGUCAGUAAACAAUGGCCUGACUCCACACAGAAGUUGGCCUGCACGGCAAAGAAUUAACCCAUUGUUCACCUGACAUCAUCUGCGCACACAUACUCAAGCAAGGUGUACUGAAUGGGCUAAAUCAGCGCAAAAUAGCCUAAUUGAUAUUUGAAAAUGAUGACAGUAUCAUGACUUGCCAUAUAAUCAGUCCGAUUCCUCUCAUCUUUAAGUUACAAAAUGUAAGAGUCUACCCACACUGACACAGGAUAUGAAGUAGCAUAAACUGAUCAAGUGACAUUAUAGACACAGAUGGUAUUAUGCUCAGUAAUACAUGUAUGCCAGUUUUAUCAUUUUUUUCUCUUUACAGUUAUUUUAUCUGACGUGAAUGCAUUUUGUAAGCUUAGGCUUGUCCACCUGUACAUAAACUCGUUAGACCUAUCAACCACAGCCAGGACAGGCCAUAGCCUACUCUGCUGCUACGUGAAGAUGCCGGUUAACGUCUCAAACAACGUUUGAUCCACCCUGCCUUACCCGCCUGGUGUCCCGAGACCUAAAAGAACAGCAUUCUAUCUGUCUGCAUGCUUACAAGAUAGAUGGGAGACUGUGACCACAGAAACCUGAAAAACCGGCGGGUGUGACUACCAUCAUCUCGCCAACGCACAAUAAUGGCUGCUCUCCAGAGAAAAUACGACUGAUGCAUGGGGUCAGUUAACGUAUUCGGUGUAGGUCUAUAUUUCACAGCUCAAUACAUCAAAAGACACAAUAUUUUGGCAAUAGCUAUAAUUCACAGAUGAGGGCGCACAAGGACUACAGUGCUGCCUUCAGACAAACAGCAACGACUUCUGAAGUAUCACUCUCCUGCAGGUGACCUGUGAAACAGCAUUCAAGAGAUUCAGGGACCUGGAAGAGGUGUACUAGUGCAGAAUUUAACCUGCAGGCCAUUUUAUUGUAUCAUAGACUGAGCCCCUCACUGUUCUGCAUGUUUUUUGUCUGGUCUGUCUGAACUUAUUACACACACACACACACACACUCACACACACACUCUCUCUCUCUCUCUCUCUCUCUCUCUCUCUCUCUCUCUCUCUGUGUGUGUUAUUGUACCAUAGGCUGAGCCCUUCACUGUUCUGCAAGUUUUCUGUCUGGUCUGUCUGAACAUAUCACACACACACACACACACACACACACACUCUCUCUCUCUCUCUCUCUCUCUCUCUCUCUCUCUCUCUCUCUCUCUCUCUGUGUGUGUGUGUGUGUGUGUGUGAACCUAUACCUUAUCAUGGCAGCUAGAGAGACAGGCACAGACAGGGUGGAGAACCCCUGCAGUUGAAUGCACCUUUCCAAAUGAGUUAACUUAUUGCAGUCAGUGAUUGUAUGUGAUUUUAAGCAAUCAUCUCCCCUUGAUCCGCUAGCUGCCCAUUCUCUGGCUCUGAAAACUGAACACAAAUAAAGUGAGGGCAGCCUGGCCCCCCAAACAAAAACAAAACCCUAUGUGGAGCUAGGUCCUUGGUUAAAAUAUAAUGUAUGUUGUUUAGGGAAAAAAAAGUGUACAUUUAAAUAUAAACAUAACCAAACACAAACGCAAUCGCUGUCUGCACCAGGGAGGACUUUCUCCACUAUAAUCAUCCCCAACAGGCUUUGAAAAAUCUCCAUCCAAUCUUUGUCCCCAUGUUUACUGAGUUUCUACAUCAUGUGGAGAACAACAUCAAGCAAGCUUAAUAAGAUAGCCUAGUGGAGCCAUUGUGCAUGAUUGUGUUCUGUGCACUUUUAAAAUAAAACAACAACCCCACAAGACUGUGGUUUAGUCCUAUCUUGUCAUCAAAUGGCAUCUCAUGCAAGACACCGGAGAAUGUCUAAUCAAAGACAAUUGUGCAAACAAAAUUGGUGCAAACUAAAUCUUCAACUAUCCAGUUGAUUUGGGUCUGUUUCUUGUCUGUGUGUCAUCAGAUUUGGAAAAGAGCCACAUUGUCGUUACUUGGCGUUUUAAGCCCUCAACGUCGUCUUUCCAGGCAGCGCUGGGUUAGGGUUAGGGUUAGGUGCCUUGAAGUCGACGGUUGCGGUGCUGCCUUGAAGUCGACGGUGGGGGAUUAAAACACCAUCAAGCCACAUUGUCACCAUCCAUACCCUAUAACUCCAGUGGCAAGGCAUUGAUACCUUACAGUGAGAUUUUACAUUUACAUACAGUACUGAUAUAAAAUUGCCGAUGACCUAUAGUGCCUGUAAAAAAAUAUUCACCUCCCUUGGAUAUUUCUCCUUUUAUUGCUUUAAUAAAUUGAAUCUUUGAUUUAGCCAUUCCUCAUAUCCCUGAGUGACAGCUACACAUAUGUAUAGAUGAAAUGGGAAAAGACAGCAAUGUGGGAAAGAGGCUGAUAGACACAUGCUUUGCAGAAUGGAAGCUACGUUUGCAUAGUGAACACUUGGAAACAGUUUUAGAACUCGUUUGCGCAUUCAAGAAACACCAGAUUCUAAGCCCCCUUUUAGUAUUGGCUAUGACUUAAGCACUAACGUUCUUACUUUAGUAGAUUGACCCAUUCCAGCUGCAGUCCGUGCCCUGAUUGUUUAGUCAUGUCACAUCGACGCGCGUGGCGUCAUCGAGGUUUCUCUUUAGAGUCCCACUCUCUUUAAAAUGACAGGUCGAGGGAAUCGAGAGAGUAAAUGGUGAUCCCACCCAGAGCUUGCGUCGCGUCGCACUCCUGUGCUGUCGCAUCACAGGAUCAACACGUCCGCCCCCCUCGCGCUGAGUCAAUCCUGCUCUCGUUGCGUGUACAAGGCAGAUUCGGUCAUUUUCUUUCAUAUCGUUUCUUGUUCAUAUCGCUGAGCACCUGAAAUGGACAACAAAAGGGAUGUUGUACAGCGCACAGAGAACAGUCAGGUUUUGGUCCGUGGUACCAUAUCCGGAGCAGAAUUGACUGACGCUACUAGGAGCCCCGCACGUGAACCGCACCAGAAGGCUCUCCAAGGAACUUGCCCCAGUCCUAGAUCCCCAUCUUACUUGCAGAGCGGAUCAGAGUCAGUCAUGAUGGAGGGUUCGCGGAAUGGGAAAUACGGAGAUACAAGGCCGGCAGGCAAAUCCUCACCGAUAAUCGGUGAUAAACCGGAACGUCCCAACAAAGAGCCAAGCAGCUCAAGCGAGGAGUCAGACUUCUACGAGGAAAUAGAUGUCAGCUGCACAACCGACAGCAUGGAGUACCCGGACAAGCAAGUGAAUAUAUUUGACCUCCAGCUGAAGGUCCCAUGUUAUCCACAAGGCAAAGAUGUCGACGUUACAAGCCACAACACCGACAGCUUGAACACCGGGAAGAUGAACUCAAGCCCGAGUGCACUGUCUUACGGAGCCGACCAGAUGCGACGGUACCGGACAGCUUUCACGCGGGAGCAGAUCGCUCGACUGGAAAAAGAAUUCUAUCGAGAGAAUUAUGUCUCAAGACCACGGAGGUGCGAGCUCGCGGCUUCUUUGAAUCUACCGGAGACUACAAUAAAGGUUUGGUUCCAGAACCGCAGGAUGAAGGACAAGCGGCAGCGUCUCGCCAUGACGUGGCCACAUCCGGCCGACCCAGCAUUUUACACAUAUAUGAUGGGCCAUGCCGCCACCACCGGCAAUUUGCCGUACCCUUUCCCAUCACACCUGCCUCUUCCCUAUUACUCACCCAUCGGUGGAGUGGGUACGACCACAGCCUCCGCCACUUCUCCUUUCGCCAGUCCCUUACGCUCACUGGAUAGCUUUCGUGUUCUCGCUCACCCCUACCCUCGACCCGAGCUGUUCUGUUUCCGUCACCCAGCAGUCUAUUCCAACACAGGAGCAAGCCACGGGCUUGGUCCUGCUGAGACCCCCUGUUCUUGUCUGGCGUGCCAUGGCACCAGCGGACAAACCAACGGACUUCAGCAACGGCCUCGCAGCAUGGAUUUCACUUGUUCCUCCUCAAGCCGGACAGACACCUUCCUUACGUUCUCACCUGCAGUUUUGAGCAAGUCAUCAACCGUCUCUUUGGACCAGAGAGAGGAAGUGCCUCUGACAAGAUAGAAGGUCCACUGCCCAUUUAAUUAACACGAACAUUUGAAAAGCAAAGCCUCCUUCAUCAAUCCUCUGCGCACGGGAGAAACGUCUUUUAUUUGCAAUGAAUGAACUGAAAGAACUCGGAUACCGCUGUGCUCAUGAGAACAGUUUUAGCCCUACAUCUGAAAUGGGCCUGCUGUAGGCUACUAGCCUUAUCUGAAGUUACAUUGGUAACAUAGACUAGAAUGAUUGAGUAUUACAUAUAUUUCAGUUUAUGAUAUCUAGAGAUUACAGACUAAUGUCAAUCCCAUGUAAUAGAAAAUAUGCGUAGCCUAUUUAUAUUUUAUUCAAAUCAGAACGAGUGCAAAUAAUAGGCUAUAGCCUAUAAUUUAGGCAUACCAGUGGACCUCGGGGGGGGGGGAUAAAUUAAGCGAGCUGGCUAUGUUGUUUGUGAACCUUGCACUCCUGUCUGAGUUGACCUA